UAUUUAGAAUUUCAGUUGGCGCGGUGACGGCAGUCGAUAGCGUUUUGUGCCGUGUUAAAGAUGAAAUACAUCGACAGUAUAAUGUAAUGUUUUAAUUUAAUAUCUAUGUUUUUAUCGACUAUUGCUAGUGAAUUUGAUAUUUUCAAAACUUUUUCUUGUUUGUGUACUUCGGCUUUAGAAUUUGGCGACAAAAUCGACUAUUUUGAGUGAAUAUUAAUCUUAAUUGAAUAACAAUCAACCACAGUAUGGAUUACAUAAGGGAGUUUGACAUAAGAUUAGACAAGGAAAUGUUUUACGCAGGAGAGAUUUUGGAAGGUCACGUGCUAUUAGACACAAUUGAAAACUUCAAAUUGAAAACCGUACGAAUCGUGCUCAGGGGCAAAGCUCACGCGGAAUGGCAAGUGUUGGUCAGUGGAGAUCGUUCGGCCGUAAAAGAUGAUCAAUAUUUUAUCGACAAUCGGUCGUUGAUAUUCGGAAAAGUAGACCGACAAGAUGGUCCUGCUCCCAUUUUGCCACGCGGAAUUCACCACUUCCCGUUCAAAUUCCAACUUCCUCAGAGCUCGCUGCCUUGUUCGUUUGAGAGCAAACCCGGAUACGUCAGGUACUACAUAAAGGUGACCCUUGACAUACCCUACGCAUCGCCACCCCAAGGAAUGAAAUACUUCACUAUCAUAGGGCCACACAUCGACUGCAUGGACGAUCAAUAUCUGAAACCUAUUGGUGCGUUGGAAAAACGGUCUAAAUGUUGUUUGUGUUGUAAAAGCAAUAGAGUAGUAUUGCAGUGCUUACUGGAAAGGUCAGCUUACGUAUGCGGUGAAGCACUGAGACUAAAAGCUAAUAUAAAAAAUCAAAACGAAAAGGACAUCAGGCUUAAAGUCAGAUUACUUCAGAACGUACACUAUUCAGUAGAUCGCGGUAUGCUGGGUGUACAAAACCAAAAAGACGUGCAACAUUUAGUGCUCGAGUAUAUUGGCGAGUCGAUACGCACUGGGAGCGAAUCUCAAUGGGAUUCUGCCGAUGGCCUAGUCCUGCCGGUCAUGCCGCCGACGUUGAUCGGCAGCUGCAGAUUAUUGCAAAUAAAUUACGUACUUAAGGUUUGCGUGGACUUGGGCAAAGGAGACGAAGACCUCAAUAUAACAUUCCCUAUAACAAUAGCCACGGUGCCGUUCAGGAUACCAAACUGCAAUAAAACUCCACAGAUUUUCUACAGUGUGGCAUGCGACCACGUGGAGGGCGGGAGAUACAUCGGACCGGAGUUCUUGCUUGGAGGUCACGUUUACGACGGGUCGCAGACCGAACAAAUCGUCCUGUACCGGCCCGUGUACGUGAGCGUACGCCAACCGAACUGCUCAACGACUGGGACCGCAUGAAAAACACACACACACACACACACACACACACACACACAUAAACACACUUGACUUGACAUACGUUCUGUUCAUUCUUUCGUCCCCGCAACGGUUCCGUUUUAAGUUUGUGUAGGUGCAAACAAUACACGUUCGAAUCCCGAUAACUCUUGGAUCUGAGAAUAGUGAAAAGAGGUCCACGACCGUCGUCGAAACGGUCGAUGUUAACAACGGAAUAUUAUAAUAUAAUAUGGAUUCGAAAUGACCGACGGCGCGUUCGUCCACUUGCAGGCCACAGGGUUUCUCUUAUCCCCGGCGAAUUUUUAUACCGUUCGGAUAAAAAUGCGGAUCCUCGAGAAUCUUUACGAGUCCUUAAAAAAUUAUUUUCCCUUUUGUUCGAAUGAACGCGCAUUCGCGUUCGUGCCACUUAAGCGAAAACUACAUGCUACUCGAUGCCCUUUGAGCUGAAAAAGUGUCUUAAAUGUGCGCCCGUGGAUAAAAACUUAAAACAACAUAGUGUUAUCCGAGAAUUUCCAGCUAUCACGACAUUGUAUAGUGUAUACAUAUGUAUUGUAUAUAUUAACUUUUGGUUAAGUUUGAAUACAAUUACGAUAUUGAAUAGUGUCGUUCGAAUAUGAUUAACUUCUAUACUAUGUAUAGGUAAUAUCUAAUAGGUAUACACACGCGUACACAGAGUGCGCUAUACAAUGAGUAUACUAAUUUCAAUACCUCGUGUGCAUUAAUACCGUGGUACUUAGAUUAUGUGCUUUUUUUUAUCAUUUUUAUUAAUUUCAUAAAAAAUAAAUCAAAACAAUAGUUAUAACGAAACAUACUAAGAAAAUUUCAAUAAAUCUAUUUAUUAUCAUGCAAAACGUUGCAAUUAGUAAUUCAUAUUGGGACGAUAUACUGCACAAUGUAUGUCGUGUAAUUUCUUAUUUAACGUAACUAUUCUUAAUGUACCUAACAAU